AUGCGGAAGCUCAUCACCGGCCGCGGCGGCGGGGAGAAGGUGGGCAUGCUGGCGUUCGAGGUGGCGUCGCUCAUGUCGCGGGCGGCGAGCCUCUGGCGCGCGCUCGGGGACGACCAGGUGGCGCGCCUCCGCGGGGACAGCGUCCGCCUCGAGGGCGCGCGCAGGCUCGUCGCGGACGACGACGCCGCGCUCCUGGCCCUCGCCCUCGCCGAGAUGGCCGGCGCCUGCGGGGACCUCUCCCGCGCCGUCGCGCGCCUCUCCGCCCGCUGCGCCGACCCGCUGCUCCGCCGCUUCGCCGCGCUCUUCGCGGGCCUCCUCCUCGCCCGCGCCGACCCGCACGGCCUGCGCUACGCCGCCGCCAAGAAGAUGGACCGCAAGGCGCGCAAGAUGCAGCGCCUCGUCGCCGCCACGGGGCUGCUCUGCCAGGAGCUCGACGUGCUGGCGGAGCUCGAGCAGGCCGCGCGCCUCCGCCGCGCCGAGUUCGCGCCCGGGGAGGCCGCGCGCCGCGUGGCCCGGCAGAGGCAGGAGGUCGACCGCCUCCGCACCGCCUCGCUCUGCGGCCGGAGCAUCGACUACGCCGUGCGCCUGCUCGGCAGGUCGCUCUUCACCAUCGUCGCCAGGAUCAUCCACGUGUUCGGCCUGCACCCCAAGACCCUCGCCGCCACGGACGACGACUACCCCGUCGCCUCGCUCGGCGCGCGCCACUCCUUCUCAUGGAGCAGCUCCUUCGCCGGGACCGCGAACUCCCUCGUGUACCCUUCCGAUUUCGCCUCCGUCACCACUCUCCAGAGGUCGACCAGCGCCGCAAAAUCCCGUAAGGGCUUCCUGCUCUCCAGGAGCCAGAGCCUCAAGUGGCAGGUGCCCGGCAAGCACCUCAUCAGCUGCGUGGUCGGCGGGAGCAAGUCCCCGACCACGGACGGCUGGGUCCACUUCGACGACCAGGAUCUCCCGCUCAGCUUCAGCGACGUCUCGCUCUCAUCCAACGCCGACGAUUUCAGCACCGUCAGCUGCCACGAUUUCCCCGACAGCGACGACGAUCACCACCACCACCACCCCAACGCGAAGCUCACCACCUCGGUGUUCGAGUCCUCGUCCCACGACGUGCUGGCGAGCGCGCCGGAGACCACCCUCGGCGCCGCCGCCCUGGCCUCGCACUACGCCAACCUCGUCGUCUUCGCCGAGAAGCUCGCCAUCUCGCCGCGCCACAUCUGCGCCGACGAGAGGGACGCGCUCUACGGCAUGCUCACCGACCGGAUCCGGGCGUCCCUCCGAGCGCGCCUCUGGCGCGCCCCGUCCGCCGCGGGCAAGAAGAAGAACGCGCCCUGCGAUCGCGUCAUCGCCGCCGAGUGGGCUGACACCGUGCAGGGGAUCCUCGGGUGGCUGGCGCCGGUCGCACACAACACGGUAAGGUGGCGGUCCGAGAGGAGCUUCGAGCAGCGGAACGUCGGCUCCGGCACCAGCGUCCUGCUCAUGCAGACGCUGCACUUCGCUGACCGGGACAAGACCGAAGCUGCCAUCGUCGACCUGCUCGUUGGCUUGAAUUACCUGUGGAGAUACGGGACUGAGCUUUCUGCCAGGGCGAAACUGAAGUCAGCGGCCGACGAUGUUUACCAUGAUUGCAGAGGCUGAUGGAAUUGACAACAUGCUAAUUUUCCCAAUUAGCAUAUUUGUGACUGCAGAUGGCUGUCAAGUGUCAGCUGAAUUGGAUUAUCUGGAUUGGGAGUUAAGCACAAGUGGCAUCUUUCAGGCGAGGAGAUUAGGUCCCUUGUGAUUUUGCUACUUAAUUCACUUGCUAGAAACAAACAUCAUCAUC